GCUGCGAUCACUCACCCGUGCACCCGGCGAAAAAAACGCGCUCCGAAUCUGCAAACUCACGUGACCCCGACACCCCAGAAUCCAGAAACAGCAACGCUCAUCGCUCAUAAACCAAAAUACCGUGCUCUGGUUCUCUUUGGAUACAUCCUCAUCGACAACGAAAGAGUUAACCGUAUUCAGCCGUCGAAAAAACCUUAUCAGCGUAAAAAGUGAUAUCAUCCCCUAAGGUGUGUAAUCCAGCCCCCGUUUCCGAUUUUUGACUUUCUCCGGGCAUAACCGUUGGAUAUGAGUGCAAAUAUCGUACUUUGGACUACUUCCGUUUUUCGAAAGUUUUUAAUCCGUUCCGAAAACAAGCGAAAUUAAACGUUAUCAGCGCCACGUUUGUACCAAGUGAUAUCAUCCCUUCAGGUAUUUAAUCCAACCUCGGUAUCCGAAUUUUAACUUUCUCCGAUUGAAAUCGUUGGUUAUGAGUGAAAAAAUCCAACUUUGGACUAGGUAGUUGAAUUCGUCCCGAAAACAAGCGAAAUUAACAGCAAAUAUCAGUUAGCAAAAUUUAACGUUAUCAGCGUUACGUCUAUACCAAGUGAUAUCAUUCCCCACAGUGUUGAUUUCACCCCGAUUUUUUAAAUUUUUGUCUCCUAACUCUGAAACCGAUUGGAACUGUUGGUCAUCCGUUUAGAAACCAAUCAGCAGUAUUUCAUCGUUAUCAGUCAGUAAAAUAUAACGUUAUCAGCGUCUCAUCUUGUGAUCUAGUGUUUCAUUUAACCCCCGUAUUUUGAAUUUUGACGAAAAGCAAACAUACAUCCGAAAUUACAGAGUUUAACGCCUCGGUUAACGGCUAGUCAAUAAAACUUUGUAAAUCGUUACGCUAAUAACCCAGGAUGUUGGGUAAUUCGGUUCGUUUGUUUUAAGUGUUGACUGGGUAUAAAAGUGAUUUGACUGUCCUAAAAACUGAAAGUAUGUCUCAACAAUCAAAAUGAUUGAUUGAGUAAACUGAUUUACCGGUUGGAAAACGAUAUGCAUUCGUUGAUACUUCUAUAGUGAACAACUAUUGAUCGGAGGAAAAUGAGCUUUAUCUAUCUAAGAACACUCAUCUUUGCAGGUUACCUACAAAAACUGUCUCCAAAAAAAAGCUGAUUAUGUUCUUCCUCCAUGUCUGGACACCUCGAUCGAUGGUUGAUGUCCAUAUUUGGUACGUCUUUUCCAUAAGAUAAAAGUUCAAGCUCUAGUGGCAGUGACGAUUCUAACUAUAAUGUCACGAAUAUGAACAUUAACCUUAACAUCAAAGUUUGAAGUUCAAACUAACUCCUGUGUAUAUGCAAAAUCGAUCCUUUUUUCUCGGCAUACAACUAUUCGUGCUCCUGUGUCGUGCAUGUGCAUAACCGAUGCAUUGAAGGCGUUUUAAGUAAAAUGUGUCGAACGUGAACUUAGACUCUGAAGAAACGUCUCCGGUUUUCUUUUCAAAAUAGACUCUUAGAUAACUAUAGUGCUCCGGUGUCGCGCAGUUGCAUACCCGAUAAUUCGAAGGCGAAGUGAUGAAGUAGACGCCCCCCGCGAUGCCUCGGCCCUGUCGCGAGUCGUACGGCGACCAGAAACCUCCGUACUCGUACAUCUCCCUCACGGCGAUGGCGAUCUGGAGCUCGCCGGAGAAGAUGCUGCCCCUCUCGGACAUCUACCGCUUCAUCUCGGAGCGCUUCCCGUACUACCGGCGCAACACCCAGCGGUGGCAGAACUCCCUCCGGCACAACCUCUCCUUCAACGACUGCUUCGUCAAGAUCCCGCGGCGCCCGGACCGCCCCGGGAAGGGCGCCUACUGGGCCCUCCACCCGGCCGCCCUCGACAUGUUCGAGAACGGCUCCUUCCUCCGCCGACGGAAGCGCUUCAAGCUCCCCAAGCUCGACAAACACAUGCUCGAGACAGCGUUCCCAAUCUUGCGAACCGGGAAACAACCCGAGCCCGAACGGGAGACUAAGCCACCGGCGCCCCCUAGCAAGUCUUUCUCCAUCGAUAGUAUCAUCUCGACGCCCACUCAGCGCCCACCGCCGGCCGUGGCGCCCCCGCAGCCGAUUUUCCACCACCACGCUCCCGUGUGCUUGCCCCCGCCGCUUUUCAGCCCGCAAUAUGCGGCCAUCUACGCGGCCGCCCUCCACGGGCUCCUGAGGCCGCCCCUCGUGCCGCCCCUUCAUCUGGGGGCGCUCCCGCCCCCGUCGCCCUUCAUCGAUGUCGUCGAUUCCUCGUGUUCCUCCAACGAUUCCUCGUAUCUUGUCUCCAAUCGAGAUCCGGUUGGCAUUACCCGAAGACACCUUCCUAUCCCAGCUCUAGAGGAUCGUCGAAGCACUGAUCGCUGACCUCCGAUAUUGGUUCCUUUCUCUCGAAAUUUGGGAUAAAACCCACGUUAUUCCUAUUCUCUGUAAAUAAUAAUAAGUGAUAGUUGCUUAUAAGAUAGAAUGUACAGUGAUAUAGCGUAGAGGAGUUUUCCAUUGUUAACAUCAAGGGAACACCAAAUUACUCUCUCGGUACAGCGCAAAAAAAGAUGUGACAGAGGGUUAUUAAAUUUUGAAUUUUAGUCAGUCAAAAUUCAACGUCCAUUACGCGGUUUUUGGUUUCAUGAAUAAAUGCGCACCCAUAUUCGAUUUAAAAUAUGUAAAAUCUGGUGGUUAUUUUUGUGAUUUCCCUCAUCUUCAAGUUACUAGAUCUGUUUGAUGUAAGGAAAAUAUGCUUUGACAUAACAGUUUUUUGUCAGUCUUUUCAUUAGACCAGAAAUAACGCAGCAAAUUAUUUUUUAACAUUCUCUCAAGAUUGCAGUUUUCAACACUAUGCACAAAUUAAAUAUGUCCUUUAAUAGUUUACAAUCCAUUUAGCAGCAGUGCCAACGUCAAGGAAUCUAUGGCAAUGAGUCAGUAUACAUUUUGAAAUAUCUGCAGCGUUUGAUGAGCUCCAUCGAUAUCACAUAUUUCAAGUGUUUUAAAAAAAUGUAUGCAUAAAAUUAGUAAAUAUUCUAUGCAAUGAUAUUUCUAGACAUUAAAGAAGUAUGAGGUAUCUAAUCAAAGUGAUGUUUACAGAAUGAUGAUGUUUGAGUUAUUCCUCGCAUUUCCUCGGGCUUUGAACUGUGCUCGCAUGAUUGCCCACAGCGGUUAAAAUAUUGUUCAUAUUUCUCUAUAGUUUUAUCUCUAAUGUUUGUUAUGUAUCAUAGGUGAAUAUGUUUCGCAAUAGUUGUAAUUUUAGGUCGGAUUAAAUAUUGAAAUUUGUUUUUGCGUAUUUAAAAAUUUAUUCAAUCUUCAAAAGAGGAGAACGGUCAAAAAGGUUGCACCGAGAGUUCCGAGAACGAGACAACGAAAUCUCAACGAUUCAACCAAAUCGACCCCCGAUCUCAGUUAUUUAACUCUCUGUACGAAUCGUGAGGCAAAAUACCUCCCCCAACAUCUGACAAGUUUUAUUGUUAACCAUUUUUGAGAAAUCGAAACAUUAUUUGUUACACGGAAAGUGGAAUAAAAUAGACUAUUAUUUUACA